UUUCUCGAGGAUCUUCGAUAUCGAAUCAAUCCGAAGGAAAACCGCAGGAGGGCGAUUUGAUUUGCGACGAUCGACGACAUCACGACAUUGCCGGGAACUUGCCAACUGCCACGAUGUCGAAGUCUGCAGUCGUUGCAAAAGGGGCUGAUUCCCUAGUCCCUGUCGACCCCGAUCAAACGCUGAAAGCCUGCAAAGCGCUCGUCGCGCACAUCAAGAAGAGCGCGGCAGCCCCCCGCAACGACGGCAAGCAGAACCUGCUCGCUGACGAGGAGUCGACGGUCGCUGAGACGCCGGUGUGGCUUACGCUUACCACCAAGAAACACAUCCAUGAUUCGCACCGUCUCCAGCCCGGCAAGAUCGUGCUCCCCCACUCGCUGAACGACAAAGAAGAGCUCAGCGUCUGCUUAAUAACAGCGGACCCGCAGCGCUGGUACAAGAAUGCGGUCGCCGAUGGGUUCCCCGAGGACCUGCGGGCCAAGAUCGGCAGGGUAAUCGACAUCAGCCACAUCAGGGCUAAGUUUAAGGCGUUCGAGGCCCAGCGCAAACUCUUCAGUGAACACGACGUCUUCCUCGCCGACGACCGCAUCAUCAACCGGCUGCCCAAGGCGCUCGGCAAGACUUUCUACAAGACGACGACAAAACGGCCAAUUCCCGUCGUGUUGAUGGCGCAGCGGGACAAGGUCGACGGCAAGCGGGUACCAGCCCCGAAGGGCAAGAAGACGAAGCGUGACCCGGCGGAGAACGUCAACGCCCGCCCGAUCCCCGAGAUCGUGAACGAGGUUCAGAGGGCCAUCGGCGCGGCGCUGGUGCACCUGAGCCCGUCGAGCAACACGGCGGUCAAGGUUGGGUACGCGAGCUGGGAACCGGAGAAGCUGGCGGCGAACAUCGACACGGUGGUGCGCGAAAUGGUGGAGCGCUUUGUGCCGCAGAAGUGGCAGAACGUGCGCAACAUCUACAUCAAGGGCCCCCAGACGGCGGCGCUGCCCAUCUAUCAGACGGACGAGCUCUGGCUUGACGACUCCAAGGUGGUCCCCGACGGGCAGGAGCCGCCGAGCGCGCUGCCGGGCAAGCACCAGGCGAAGGUGGCGGAGAAGCCCAACAUUGGCAAGAAGCGCAAGCCGCUUCCCGCCGAGCCCGAGGAGCCCGCGGAGACACCUGCCAAGGAGGAGCCGCCCAAGAAGAAGGCCAAGAAGGCGCUCCCGGAGAGCAACGAUGACAGACUGGACAAGGAGAUUGCGGAGCGGAAGGCCAAACUGAAGAAGCAGAAGGCCGCGGCGAAAAAGAAGGUGGCCGAUAUCUAAGCGGUAAUUGCUCGGUUUUGCAUCGUGCUCGGAGUUCCGGAGUCCCGGGAGAGGAAAAGGCGGCGGGGUUUACAGCUGUGAAACAUCUUGAACUUGGACCUAGAAGCUACGGUACUAGAUC